GAGGCGGGGCCGGGGGCUGGCGGCCGCCGCCGGGCUCGGCGGGGCCGCGGCGGUGGCAGUGCCCGGAUGCAGCGGCGGGCGGCGGCCGGCCCGUAGCGGGGUAGCGGGGAGGAGAGCGGAGGUCCCCCGCAGGUAGCCCGGAGGGGUCCUCCCCCCCCCCCCCCCCGCUCCUCCUGCGGCCGCCCCGCCGCCGGGAUGAGCAGCUCGCGGAACAACCGCGUGAUGGUGGAGGGCGUCGGCGCCCGGGUGGUGCGGGGCCCCGACUGGAAGUGGGGGAAGCAGGACGGCGGCGAGGGCCACGUGGGCACCGUGCGCAGCUUCGAGAGCCCCGAGGAGGUGGUGGUGGUGUGGGACAACGGCACCGCCGCCAACUACCGCUGCUCCGGGGCGUACGACCUCCGCAUCCUGGACAGCGCGCCCACCGGUAUCAAGCAUGAUGGGACUAUGUGUGAUACUUGUCGACAGCAACCUAUCAUUGGCAUCCGAUGGAAAUGUGCAGAAUGCACAAAUUAUGACUUGUGCACAGUUUGUUAUCAUGGGGACAAACAUCACUUGAGGCAUCGCUUUUACAGAAUUACCACACCGGGAAGUGAAAGGGUAUUGCUGGAGUCUCGCCGUAAAUCAAAGAAAAUUACAGCAAGAGGAAUCUUUGCAGGUGCCAGGGUGGUGCGAGGAGUUGACUGGCAAUGGGAAGAUCAAGACGGUGGCAAUGGCCGUAGGGGAAAGGUAACUGAAAUCCAAGAUUGGAGUGCGUCAAGUCCACAUAGUGCAGCAUACGUUCUUUGGGACAAUGGUGCUAAAAACCUUUACAGAGUUGGCUUUGAGGGCAUGUCUGACUUGAAAUGUGUCCAAGAUGCAAAAGGAGGCUCUUUCUACAGGGACCAUUGUCCUGUGUUAGGUGAGCAAAAUGGUAACAGAAAUCCUGGUGGGCUGCAAAUUGGUGACCUUGUAAACAUUGACCUUGAUUUGGAAAUUGUACAGUCUUUGCAGCAUGGUCACGGAGGAUGGACUGAUGGCAUGUUUGAAACCUUAACAACAACUGGAACAGUUUGUGGCAUUGAUGAGGAUCAUGACAUUGUAGUACAAUACCCAAGUGGCAACAGGUGGACGUUUAAUCCAGCUGUUCUCACCAAAGCCAACGUUGUCCGAAGUGGAGAUGCUGCUCAAGGUGCAGAAGGAGGUACCUCUCAGUUUCAAGUGGGUGACCUUGUUCAAGUAUGCUAUGACUUGGAGCGAAUCAAGCUUCUUCAAAGAGGUCAUGGAGAGUGGGCUGAAGCAAUGCUUCCUACUUUGGGUAAAGUUGGUCGUGUCCAGCAGAUCUAUUCAGAUAGUGACUUAAAGGUGGAGGUCUGUGGGACAUCUUGGACGUAUAAUCCAGCAGCUGUCUCAAAGGUGGCAUCAGCAGGAUCCGCUAUAAGUAAUGCGUCUGGUGAGAGAUUGUCCCAGCUAUUGAAGAAGCUAUUUGAAACCCAAGAAUCUGGAGAUCUCAAUGAAGAAUUGGUUAAAGCUGCUGCCAAUGGAGAUGUUGCUAAAGUGGAAGAUCUGCUAAAGAGACCAGAUGUGGAUGUAAAUGGACAAUGUGCUGGACACACGGCCAUGCAAGCGGCUAGUCAGAAUGGCCAUGUUGACAUUUUGAAGUUGCUUCUGAAACAGAAUGUGGAUGUAGAAGCAGAGGACAAAGAUGGAGACCGGGCUGUCCAUCACGCAGCCUUUGGUGACGAGGGUGCUGUGAUAGAGGUUUUGCACCGCGGCAGUGCAGAUUUGAAUGCUCGCAACAAACGGAGGCAGACUCCACUUCAUAUUGCUGUCAACAAAGGUCACCUACAAGUUGUGAAGACUUUAUUGGACUUUGGCUGCCAUCCUAGUCUCCAGGAUUCUGAAGGUGACACUCCACUUCAUGACGCAAUAAGUAAGAAGCGGGAUGACAUCCUGGCUGUACUGUUAGAGGCUGGAGCAGAUGUUACCAUCACCAACAACAAUGGGUUUAAUGCUCUGCACCACGCCGCGCUACGAGGAAACCCUAGUGCAAUGCGUGUAUUGCUGUCCAAGUUGCCGCGACCGUGGAUUGUUGAUGAGAAAAAAGAUGAUGGUUACACUGCCUUGCAUCUGGCAGCUCUCAAUAACCACGUGGAAGUGGCUGAACUUCUGGUGCAUCAGGGCAAUGCUAACCUGGAUAUCCAGAACGUAAACCAGCAAACUGCUCUGCACCUUGCCGUUGAACGACAGCACACACAAAUUGUUAGGCUCUUAGUCCGUGCAGGUGCUAAGCUGGAUAUUCAGGAUAAAGAUGGGGAUACUCCCCUGCAUGAAGCCCUGAGGCACCACACGCUGUCACAGCUCCGCCAACUCCAAGACAUGCAAGAUGUGGGCAAGGUAGAUACUGCUUGGGAGCCAUCAAAGAACACAUUAAUAAUGGGACUUGGCACUCAGGGAGCGGAGAAGAAGAGCGCAGCAUCCAUUGCCUGCUUCCUGGCAGCCAACGGAGCUGACCUCAGCAUUCGUAAUAAGAAGGGGCAGUCUCCUCUCGAUCUCUGCCCUGAUCCUAGCCUCUGCAAAGCACUGGCUAAAUGCCACAAAGAAAAAGUCAGUGGUCAGGUUGGUUCCCGAAGUCCGUCUAUGAUCAACAAUGACUCUGAAACCUUAGAAGAAUGUAUGGUGUGUUCAGACAUGAAGAGAGACACUCUGUUUGGCCCGUGUGGACAUAUUGCCACGUGUUCUCUGUGUUCACCACGGGUGAAAAAAUGCCUCAUCUGUAAAGAGCAAGUUCAGUCUAGGACAAAGAUUGAAGAAUGUGUGGUGUGUUCAGACAAAAAGGCAGCAGUGCUUUUCCAGCCUUGUGGUCAUAUGUGUGCUUGUGAGAAUUGUGCAAGCUUGAUGAAGAAAUGCGUACAAUGUCGGGCAGUGGUAGAGCGAAGAGUGCCUUUCAUAAUGUGCUGCGGAGGGAAAGGUACAGAAGAUACCACUGAUGAUAUUUCAAGUGGAAACAUUCCAGUUAUGCAGAAAGACAAAGACAACACUAAUGUCAAUGCAGAUGUACAGAAGCUGCAGCAACAGUUACAAGACAUCAAGGAACAGACCAUGUGUCCUGUCUGUUUGGACCGUCUGAAGAAUAUGAUCUUUCUCUGUGGCCAUGGAACAUGUCAGCUUUGUGGAGACCGAAUGAGUGAAUGCCCUAUAUGCCGCAAGGCAAUCGAACGAAGGAUCCUUUUGUAUUAAACAGUGGAACGAACCAGUGAGAGUUCAUGAAUAAUAAGGACAUCUUAAUGAUUUAAAUCUCUGCAAGUCUGAAAGGCAGUAAAAGGUUCUAAAGAAAACAUUUCUAAUACUGUAGCGCAGGUUCAUUACAUGGUAAUUGUUUAACGACUGUGAACACACCAAAUAAUAGAACAGUAUUUGAACAGUCAGCUUUUAACUUUACUCAUAAAACUAAGAUCUGAGCCUGAAGCUAAUUUACAGCAGUCCUUUUUUUAGUUUCCUUUCUGUUGUUUUCUUCCCCUUUAAGUGUAAAGGGACAAUCUUGUUUUGGUUUCUUUCAUGUUUUGUAAUGUAUGUAUGAGGUGUCAAGCAAUGUACUUUUUUUGUCCCCUUUUUUAAUAUAUUGUCAGUUAUUAUUGAAUAUAAAUAUGUAGUGCUUUUUGUUUUAUGCUUUUCUGGAGAACGUUCAGAUUUCCUGUGACAGUUACGAUUCACAAGAAUUGUUAUCUUGAAAUACACAAUAAUGCAAAAUCAAUACACAGUGCUUAAACAGUAAUAAUAAACAUCGUACUAUUUCACUAAGAUCAGGCCUCAAAAUACAAUGUUAAGCUAAUUUGAACUUUAAUGUGCCCUUUCUGAGGAUGGGUUGGGAAGGAAACAGAAGAAAAGAAACAAAGUAGUUUGGAGAUGUUGCAUUCCUCAAACUGCACUUUAGUGUAACAGGUUCAAGCUAACUUAAAUAGUGAACUUCUUAAGUCUGUCUAGCCACACAGUUUCAUAUGGAAUUGAUUUUAACUUGGUUGGAUAGUAAAACAUAGGAGCAGUGGGUCAGUUAAUCUGUUUCAGAUGAGUGAAUUUGAUCAGUCGUAGGGGAACAAAUAUAUAUGUGGGGCCAUUUAAAUAUUCUGGGUCUACAAAUUAGAA